UAUUUCAUUACAGUUUUUGUACUAACACAAGUCGGUCGCUCAAAAUUUUGUUUCCUUACAAAAAAUUCACCGUGUUAUUGCUCGAAUAUUUAUAAAAUAUAUUUUAAAAUUUAACAAUGUGUAAAUCGUGUGACGAACAGCCAGUUCGGUGCUGCUCAAUUUUCUAUGCCACUUUCUGCAUUUCAUGCGGUCUUUUCAUGGUCAUUUUUUCGAUUCACAAUAUAAUACUUUUGAAAAGCUCAAUUACAAUCCUGGAUUUUUAUUUGCAUAUGCAUGGUGCUGAAAUGUCUCCCUCAACUGCGGACAUCCUUUACUCGGUGGAUUUGGUUUUUGCCUUUACGUACGUCAUUGCUGGAACUUUACUAGCUGUUGGAAUCCGCCAGAACCUAAAGGGGGUUUUCUUUGCUGGCAAGAUCAUAAGCUAUUUCUUUCCAAUCUAUAACGUGCUUUAUAUAUUUCCUUUAAUUGUGCACAUUGCCGCCACAGUGAAAUUGUGCAGAUAUCAUAAAGAGAACUUUAAUUAAAUGAAUUGGAUAUAAGCAAGCGUAGGGGACUGGAAAGGAUUAAAAUUGACUGCAGGAUUAUUGAAAUAUAUUCUAAAAUUUUGGAAAAGCCUUAAGCUAUUGCUUGCCGUACUUUACGCUUAUUUUAUGUGUUUGAUCCACAUUCGCUGUGCACAACAAGGGUAAUACUUCUUUUAUACAAUUUUGAAAGAGUCCGCACUACAAUUAAGAACACAGCAUAUAUACGCGGUAAUAUUAUGCUGCACGGAAAAGGAAUACGUGUCGUGAUCUACGUUGACUGCACUAUAAAUCUUAAUAAAAAUUUUUUUGGGCCUUAGAAAAGAAAUAUCAUAUUGUCUGCGAUCAUUCCGUUUACAUCAUUUGUACUUUGUAAAACUAGUCAGCAGUAUAUGGAAAACGUGAAAAUUCGAAGUGACGAAUGGACUAAAAUUUGCAAUGCAAUUCGAAAUUUAUCAGUAAACAAAUUUAAAACACUUGUCCGUACCAAGUGAAAUAUAAAUUAUCUUAAUAUAAAUAAAAGGGUUUCCCAGCCGUGUUGUUAUGGAACGAGAAUGCACUUCA